CUUUCUUUCAAAGUGCAAACUUACCCUGCAAAAUAUCCACAGCUAGUAUGGCUGUCGAAACCGACAUGGUCUUCCGCUUUGUUAAUUCUACCGACACCAACGGCGAUAUGCGGACGUUUCGAGUGUAUCAAGUGAUAGGAACAGCAGCACAUGAGGAGUUGGAACUAUACAAGUUCUCACAUUCAAUGACUGGUUCUUCUGGUGGAACCACAACUUAUCAGCGGAAAAAUAUGAACAGUUUGAUCUUUGAGACUGUUGGACAGAUCAGCUGGAGCUCAAACAUUAUUGCCUCCGCCGUGUAUUUUGGUUUAGAAGAGGUUUCUGUCAAAGAUCUCCGCAAGGUCAAAAAUGCGACCAGCCAUUCACGCAGAUUUAAAUCCGGUGUCGGUGCCGCAUAUAAGUGGAAGAUAUCAGAAAAUAGGACUGACUUAUACUGUAUCGAUUCACAAGACAAAUACAUUGCAUCGUGGUCCAACCACGAGAGGAUACUAAGAGUGACCCCACGCGCCAGCGCGAUGUUAGAUCGGCUGGUAGUAACUUGUUUCCUGAAUGUGUGGUUCAAGCGACUUGGGCGGUGGUAACGAGGUCGUCAAACGUCAAGUGUCUAUCCUUAUACUGUAUAGUAAUCAAACUUAAUCGCAACGUCUGUAAUCUGUUUUUACUGUUCUAGUACACUGAAAUAGCUCCAUCGCUACUCACCUCUGAUAAUUGUUUUGCAACCGGGAAACUUGGAUGUCACCGGGCUUCAAACUGAACCACUAUUGGACGAAAAGGUCAACAGUUGCUUGGUUUCUUGUUUCAAGAGCAACAGACACGCACUCCGCUUUGUUCGUUUCUUGUACAUGAUACGGUGACCACACUCGCGACAACGUAUGGGUUCCCUAGACUUUAUUUCAUUUUUGGCGCCACAAUCUUUUUCAAACUGCGCAAAUAUAUUCCAUAUCC